AUGGAGGAAGAAAAAUUUAACGCAAGAGAAUCUCAACCUAUAUUUACUCCUACGGCAGCUGCGCAACCAACUGCCCACGAUGUUGUCAUGGAAGAAGCCACUAAUGAAAAAGAUAAUAAGGUAAUAACGGAUUCAGCAGUUGCUGUGAAUGAGGUGAAUGAUCAAAGGAUCGUUGAAGAAUUUCAGUACCUACUGGAGAAAAGUCAACAAUUAUUCGCAGGCUUAAGGGAUCUUCCACCAACUGGUGGUCGCCAGUGGCAACCAUAUUUCCAACGAACUUUUGAAGUUUAUACCAAGGUAUAUGAUUCGAUUAAAUAUAUAUUUGUGUUAGAAAAUAAAAAUAACUAUGGUCUUAAGCGAUGGGAGGUUGGUGAAAUUGCAUCAAAGAUUGGUCAACUUUAUUACCACUACUAUGAAACGAAUUAUCUUCACGAAUCAUAUAUAUUCUAUGAAGCUAUUCGUGAACGUUCCUAUUUCAAAGACGUCCUUGACGUUAAAAACCCUGCACUAAUGAUCAAAAAAUUAAGAUAUUACGCCCGGUUUAUCGUUGUGUGCCUGCUGUUAAACAAAAGGGAUAUCGUGCAAAAAUUGUUAGAUGAAUUAAGCGGCCUUGUCGAUGACUAUAUAAGAAUCUUUAAACCAAUUGAUUCGGCGGAAUGGAAUCAAGUUCUUACAGAAAUUGACGCGUUUUUGGAGGCUGAAAAGAAGCUCACGCCCCUUUCCCCUGAAGGUGAUUUCUUACCCAUCGCGCGUCGUCUUCAAAUAGAAAGGAGCCCUAGACUUGAAAAAGAUGGGACACCUAGAUUAAAACUUCAAGAAGCAAUUUUAGUGGGAAAUUAUCAGAAUCAAACAAAGUUCUCGGAACUCACUCUCGACAUGUAUCAUAUACUGCAAUCUCUUGAACGCGAGCCAGCUCCUCCGAAGGGUGCACCGCCCAAAACACCAGGUGUUGAAAAUUCUGUGGGUAAUGAAAGGAUAUUAAAUAAAGAUGAUACAUCGACUGAUGAACAAUCAAAUAUAAAUACACCAGCGGAUAAAUCUGCAUCACGAAGAAUAAACCCUCAUAAAUAUUUGUUGCAUAGACCUACUUUCAGUCAACUAAUGGUUUAUAUCUCCACAGCAUUCAAGGAAAUUAAUGAAAAUUCCGCCUUAUUACUAUAUCUUUCGGCGGACGGCACUAAACACGCAAAUAUUAACAGUGAACAUAAUUUAUCCAAUGGAUAUAUGGGUGGUGUUGCAACAAAUUCUCGUAAACCUGCCGACAAAGCCGACGGAUCUGAUAGUGGAUUAAUUAAUUGUUUACAUCCAAAUGACUUGGUACCAUUUACUCGGAAACCAUUGUGUAUUAUAGUUGAUAGUAAUAAUAGUACGGCUUUUGCGAAUUUUCCUAAGGUCUUCAACCAACCAUUUCUUUGUCUCAUGUCUCCUGUUGAAUAUCCAUUGUCCAUUCCUGAUACACCUAAGAUAGGCAGCCUUUUCACACUAUUCCUUCACGCACCUCUUCUUGGGUUUUCGUUUAUCUCUAAUAUCGAAAGUAUAGACUCUGAAAAGUGGGAAAGAUGUGUGAAUCUUAUAGCUGAGACAGAAGCUAUCAUUGUUGAACUGUUAAAUCUCUCUAACUUGGAAAAAUCGUUGAAACGAUUUUUACAAGACGAUUUCCUUCGCCAAUUUAUGGUACGAUUUGUUUUAUGCAGUGCACUUUUGAAAGCACAUAACAGUUUUCAAGAUGAGAAGCAUUUCCCUUCUUCAUGUCCAUCAUUACCUUAUACUUUAUUUGAUUCACCUAAUUUACUAACUAAACUGAGUCAAAUUACAAAGGAAGCUCAGGUUGAAUCAUUAUAUUCAUUUCCUACAUUGGUGGUUGAAGUAAAUGAGGAAGAUUUGUCUCCCGAUGAUAAUAUUUAA